GCAUAUAUGUGGAGACUUACCAAGGUAAUCACUGGACCAUGGAAUUAAAGAUAUAUGCUCACAGAACUAUGUCCAGAUUGCUGGUUACCGAACUCACUGUCCAGGCAAACGGGAACCAUUCAAGAUUGUUCGUAUCUUUGGACGUUAAUAAAGGAAAUGACAGCGAAGAUAUAGAUUUUACACGUGCACCUAGCGGACUAAACGAUACCAUGUAUAUGCAUGGAUUAACGAAGAUUGCCGAAACUCCGGAAUCUGGUCGGACGCCAGUCCACGUGUAUUAUAGUCGGGUUCCGAACAGCGUUGUUAUAGAGGCGGGAAAAACUGCAACAGUUAAACACACUUUUCUUAUGGCUGUCGGUCGUUAUAAGGAUGAAACUAAGAAGUUUUACAAACAAGGUAUUGGAAUGCAGCUUAACGAUACUUUGGAAUCAACUCAUAGGAACGCUUGGCACGAGGUUUGGGACGCUGGUCGGGUUGAUAUUUACGGCAACACCUACCUGUCGGCACUGACCUACAGCUCGCUCUAUUAUAUAUUUAGCGCAAUGCCGACGGUCGAGGAAAAAACGUGGCCGUUCGUAGGAUUGUCACCGGCGGAUUUAGCUCAUGACGGUUAUAAAGGACACAUCUUUUGGGAUCAGGAUACAUGGAUGUUUACGCCAAUAUUACUACUCAAUUCUAAUCUAGGAAGGACAAUAGUUAACACACGUAUCCGUGUGCUCGAUUCCGCCAAGGAAUAUGCGAAACGAACAUCUUUUGCUGGAGCGAGAUUCCCGUGGGAAGGCGCUUUGUCAGGGUUUGACGUUACACCAUGGUUUAGCGGCGAGUAUGAAGAUCACGUGACCGGUGACGUUGCGCAAGCGUUCCAGCAGUAUAUUAUGCUAACCCAUGAUACUCGGAUUCUAUUACAUGAGAACAUGAGCGACGCCAUCUUUGCAAUGGCUGAAUGGACUACAAGAGAUGUGCAAAUGUUAAAAACCGGACGUAUUGAGGAGGCCAUAUUUGAUAUAGCGGACUUUUGGAUAUCUCGCACUGUAAAUAAUACAAAACAGAACGUAUAUGAAAUUACAGAUGUGAUGCCGCCUGAUGAGUACCACUAUCCCGUAAACAACUCCGUUUAUACCAACUUCCUCGCUCAAAAAUCAUUGUUACUGCCAUCAUACGUUUGUGAAUUAACCGGAUGUCACGUGCCACCAAAGUAUGCGGAUGUUGCGCGUAGAAUUAAAAUUCCAUUUGAUAGCAGCCGACAAUAUCACCCCGAGUUUGACGGCUAUAACACCAGAUGGCCAUUGGAGAUGAACAUGUCUGAAGAAAUAAGACGAAAUGAUCUUGAAAUAUAUGCAAAGGUGACACCAGGAGGGCCCGCCAUGUCAUGGGGAAUGUUUACCAUUGGAUGGCUAGAGAUUGGAGAAUUUGACAUCUGCCCAAUAAAACAUUUUAUGAUCAAUUAA